GAUAACCCUACUCCCCUCAGGUUCAGGGACAGAGAAGAAAGGAAAAGAGGGUUUAAAGCUUGGCACGCUCUCUCCCGCUUCAAUGGAAGCUUUGAGCCCCCUAGGCUUUGGCCUCCGUACCACUCCACGCCUCCUAGUACCCUUUCCACUCCUUCGAAAAUCCCACAAACUCAUACCCUCCUCCUCCGGUGGCGGCGGCGUUAGUCUUUCGACCACCUGCUCCGCCAGCAAAUGGGCCGACCGUCUUAUAGCCGACUUCCAAUUUAUCGCCGACCCCUCCGACCAUCCUAUCUCAUCAAACACAGCCACUCUCCCUCCCCCUCCACUCGCUCCACCCGACCGCCACGUCUCCAUCCCUAUCGACUUCUAUCGGGUCCUCGGAGCCGAGACGCAUUUUCUGGGUGAUGGUAUCCGGCGAGCAUAUGAAGCUAGGGCUUCGAAGCCUCCCCCGUAUGGGUUCAGCGACGACGCAUUGAUCAGCCGGCGGCAAAUUCUUCAAGGCGCUUGCGAAACCCUAUUGAACCCAGCUUCCCGAAGAGAUUACAAUCAAGGCCUCGCGGAGGACGAACACGGAACAAUUCUCACCCAAAUUCCCUGGGAUAAGGUUCCUGGCGCUUUGUGCGUCUUGCAAGAGGCCGGAGAGACGGAGUUGGUUAUUCAAAUUGGAGAGAGUUUGCUUAGAGAGAGGCUGCACAAAUCGUUCAAGCAAGAUGUUGUCUUGGUGUUGGCACUCGCUUAUGUCGACAUGUCGAGGGACGCAAUGGCAUUGACUCCGCCGGACUUCAUUCGGGGUUGCGAGGUACUCGGGAGGGCUUUGAAGCUCUUGCAGGAAGAAGGGGCCAGUAGUCUUGCACCAGAUUUACAAGCGCAGAUUGACGAGACAUUGGAAGAGAUCACUCCACGAUGUGUACUGGAGCUGCUAGCCUUACCACUUGGUGACGAGUACCGAUCAAGAAGGGAAGAGGGUCUCCAUGGUGUGCGUAACAUUUUGUGGGCUGUUGGAGGAGGGGGAGCAGCUAUUAUUGCUGGAGGAUUCACGCGUGAAGAUUUCCUGAAUGAGGCAUUUUUGCGCAUGACAACAGCUGAGCAGGUCGAUUUAUAUGCAGCCACACCACCUACUGUCCCAGCUGAAUGUUUUGAAGUUUAUGGAGUAGCGCUUGCACUUGUUGCACAAGCCUUUGUUGGUAAAAAACCUCAUCUCAUUAAAGACGCUGAUAAUCUGUUCCAAAAACUUCAGCAGGCUCAGUUGACAGCUCUUGAUAAUUCAGUCCUUUCCUAUUCAUCCAGAGGAAACCCUGAGAUAGACUUUGCACUGGAGAGGGGCCUUUGUUCACUACUUGUAGGGGAACUUGAUGAGUGUCGCUCAUGGUUGGGCUUGGACAGCGAUAAUUCACCUUAUAGAAAUCCGUCUGUUGUAGAUUUUGUGUUGGAGAAUUCAAAUGAUGACUAUGACAAGGAUCUUCCUGGGCUUUGUAAACUGUUGGAGACGUGGUUGAUGGAGGUGGUUUUUCCUAGAUUUAGAGACACUAAAGACAUACAGUUGAAGCUUGGGGAUUACUAUGAUGAUCCUAAAGUCCUGAGAUAUUUGGAAAGGCUGGAGGGUGCAGAUGGCUCACCCUUAGCUGCAGCAGCAGCGAUAGUGAGGAUUGGUGCUGAGGCUACUGCAGUUCUUGAUCACGUAAAGGCUAGUGCAAUUCAGACAUUGCAGAAGGUGUUCCCUCUUGGUCACAGAGACCAGAGUGCAGGAAAUCAAGAAGAUAAUGACAUCAAUCACUUUUUUCCUGCUGUAGAAAGUGAGGAGCCUCUGGAAGAAUCUGAUCAAGAUGAUUCCGCCAAAAAUGCUGAGAUCUCUGGACGCAAUGGGACCGGUGAAACACAUGAAGAAGAAUCAAUUACCGACAAAAUUAAAGAUGCAAGUGUGAAGAUCAUGUGCGCCGGUGUGGUCAUUGGACUAAUGACUUCGGUUGGCUUGAAGUAUUUACCAGCUAGAAAUGGCUUGUCCAUCCAACGGAAAGUUGGUUCAGCAAUGGCAUCCAAUGCUGUCAGUGUAGGGUUUUCCGGAGAUGAAAAGGCUGGGGAGGAAUCACCCAAAAUGAAUGCAAGAAUUGCAGAAGGUCUAGUUCGCAAAUGGCAGAACAUUAAAUCUCUAGCAUUUGGACCUGAUCAUUGCCUAGACAGAUUGCCAGAGGUUUUGGACGGUGAGAUGUUGAAGAUAUGGACGGAUCGUGCGGCUGAAAUUGGCCAACUUGGUUGGUUCUAUGAUUACAGUCUGUUGAACCUCGCAAUUGACAGCGUCACAGUCUCAGUAGAUGGGCAGCGAGCUGUGGUUGAAGCAACUCUCGAGGAGUCGGCCCACCUAACUGUUGUGGAGCAUCCGGAGCAGAAUGCCUCCAACACCAGGAUCUAUACAGCUAGAUACGGAAUGUCGCGUUCCAACCCAGGAUGGAAAAUUACUGAAGGAGCUGUGCUCGAAUCAUAAUGAGGUUUUUGUGUAUGAAAAGUCAUGUUUUCCAUAUCUUUUUAAAAAAUUCUUGUUUGCGAGUUUAUAUUUUUGAAAGUAGACAGAAUUCGAGGGAAUUUC